AUGUCUGCUCCUGGCGAGCGCGGCAACCACCAGGCGCGGCACAGACUCGGCUCAAAUCCAUCAACGACGGAUGACAGCAGGCGCAUACACGCCGCCUUGUCGACCACGUUGGAUGUCUCGCAUGCCCCGGUAAACCUCGAUGAAGCGUCACAAGCGUCACCGGCCAAUCUCAACUUGUAUCACGAUCCAUCUUUGCAAAAUCAUGCUUCGGGUAUGUUGUGGGCUCAUCAACAGCACUAUCCAGAGCACAGAGUCUCGCAGUCGUACGUCGAAAGCGUGACCCCAACGCAGCCCGCAGGCUUGCCAAUCAUUCCCGAGCAAUUUGGUGGGCAUUCGCAGCUCUUGCAGACUCGACAAACUCAUCCAUCCCCCUCGACCGCCUAUCCAUCCUCACGCCCAGAGUGGCCAAUGUCUCCUACUGCCGACCCGCAGCGGGCAUCGACGAUCGCCUCGUACACAGAUGCGGGCCAGCCGGUGCUUCACCAAGAUGUGUCCAACCUCUGGCGCCAGUUUCGGGUUCCCGAGCUACCUGGCAGCAGGAGCGCAGACACGUCGUCAGGUGUUCUAGCAGCUUAUCCUGUCCUGUCCAGCUCUCAUGCCUACAUCGACGAUGACCAGCGAGGGACUCUGAAUCCGUUUGCCCGGAAUUGGAGAGCUCAAGCUCCGCAGGCGCCCGCACCGGUGACCGGCUUGGGAUUCUACGGAAUGCCCGAAUCGAUCUGGCACAGCCCAUCUGGGGGCGGCGCCAGUCUUGAUCAGGCUCCGCCAGCCUCUCCGUUGACUGAGCAAUCUGCCAGCGCGUACGCUGCACCAUCAGGCAGCCAGCGUUGGAGCGGCUCCCCCGCCGAGCAGUGGUCUUCAGAAGGAGUCUCCCCGCCGACCCUAGACCUCAGUAGCGCAUUCUACUCUCAAGCUGAGCGCCCCCAAUUUCAGUCCGGGCCUGCCGCGCCUGUGCGGAGCAAGAGCGGUCGCAAAGGAGUGCGGCGUGCCAGAGCUCCUACCAUGUCCGCCGUCUCGUCCUCGACGCAAAUCGAAAGCGGCUCUGCUUCCCGUUCCAUGCGCCGUUUCUCUACGAUCGGGACCAGCAGCUCUCAGCCUCUGAGAGCCGACUCGGCAUCGUCGCAGUCGCCAGAAAUGGCGAGGAACAGCACCGGCGACCUGACAUUCCAAGGAUCGCCCACUGCUAGCAUCACCACCACCGCAAACUUUUUCAACGAGUCCGACAAGCGCGCUUCCAUCGCUUGCGUGCUCUGCCGCAAACGCAAGCUUCGCUGCGAUCAAGCUGAACCGUGUCGUCAAUGCGAGAGACGUGGGCUUCGUUGCGAAUAUGCGCUCACGCAAAGUCAGUCCCAGCGCGUAGACGAGCCAAGCUCCAGCACGGGCGCCACAGCUACACCCGGCACCUCCAAGAGCCACGGCCGUCGCAAAAGCAUCACUGGCAGACCGACACUUGGUGAUGUGGUGCAGCGCAGCGCAGCUUCGAUUUUGAGCCCAAGACUGGGCGCUGAGCUGAGCCAGGGUUCUAUCGCAUCGGCAGCUCAGGACGCUGGAGUGCCGUUGCCGGUGAGCAACUUUGCGCGCCUAGAAGCCAGCCAACGACAGCCUUCAGGGCCCAGUUUGGUGGGGGGCGCGGUGACACCAGCAGAGGAGCCUAGCUCAGCUAGCACAUCACCUUCCGACAGACAGGUGCAUUAUUUUGGCCAAGGCCAAGGGACCGCGAUGAAUGACAAUCACAUUGGCUGCGGUCCGACACGAGGGACUGUGCGCGAGCGAAAUCGACCUCAGGAAGAGGACGUGUCCUGCUCGCCUCGCGCCCUUGGCCUUACGUUGCAGCCAAGCACUAGUGUGGCAUCGCCUCCAACGGCGCUCUGCGUCACGCCCGGCACCUCAAACUCACUUGAGCAGCUACAUGCGGCCAUCUCUAGAGGCCUGAUCGCUUUGCGAGAAGCGCACAUGUCCGAGAAGAGCCUGUGCGUGCGUGCAGCGAAAGAUGGCACGUGCGAUGAAAAAGGGGCGCGGGAAGGCGGUACGAGGAGCUGGACCGCCGAUGCUAUCCGUUAUGCUGGCAGCGUUUGA